AUGGCUUGUUUAAAUGAAAAAACAGAAGCAAUAAAACUUGCCAAAGAAUAUCAGCAAUAUUAUUAUGAACUGCUUCCUGAUUGGUUUUUAUAUGAUUCUGAAAAUUACGAAUUUAUAAGACAUAAGAUCGGAUAUGCCUUGUUUGGUCUUCCUAAAGUUGAUAAAGACUAUGAAAGUAAAACAUCGGGAAAUAAUCAGGAGAAUAAUAUAUUUAGUAAAAUAGUGUACGAUAAGAGGAUGUGUAAAGCUAUAGAUACAAUAUAUCAACAGAUAAUGAAGUUUGGAAGAGAUAAAGUGGAUAGUACUAUUUAUAUUGGAAUUAUAUUUAAUGUAAUACUUUUACAAGCAGAUAUAAACCGAUCCAAUAAAAAAAAUGAUAAAUCAAACAAGGAAUCUAAUAACAUAUGUAGUAUACCAAUAUUUAAACUAAAAACAAAAACAUAUGGUAUAUCUUAUAUUGACAAUGAAGGUAGAAUGUAUAAAACUUGGAAUGAUUAUGUAACAAAUAAUACAUUGCCUCAGUGUACUAUGAUUUUACCAAAGAAUGGUUUGUAUCAGUAUAAUCCAAAUUAUAAAGUUACAGAAUAUAUUUCAACUGUAUGGGUUCAGAUAUUAGACUCACCUGCUUGUGCUGUUAAAACUAAAGUUCUUAAAGGUAUCGAUAUAACUGCAAAUACAUUGUCUGUAGCUACUACUAUAGGAUUUGGAGCUGUUAGCUUGCUAACACCUAUUGCACCUAUUGUUUUUACUGCAGGUCUUAUUCAGAGUGGCAUAUGUGGAACAUGGAUUAUUGCAAGAAAUUCUCAUAAAUUAGUAGAUCUUGCCAAGCACAAACAAUCCAUUAUUCCUACAAAUAAGAAAGCAUUUUCUGCCUGGCUUGGAAUAGGUAGUACAGCCUUAUCGUUAGGAGCAAAUGGAGGAACUAUGCUCCUCUCUAAAGCUUUUGAAAAAGGCAGCACUGUAGCUGUUACAGCUAAAGCAGCUUACAAUUCUCUGAUAUUAAGUAAUUUAUCAAUGAAUGGUGUUGGUAUAGUUUAUCAAGGAUAUUGUUUAAUUGACAAAUACAAAACAGAAAGAGAUGUUGAUUUUUUGGAUAUAGUUAUAUUCACUUCGCAUGUUCUGUUCUUCAGUAAUGCCCUAUUAAACACCAGACUGGCUGGUGAACUCAUAGAGUCAUCUAAAGGUACCAUCUUUGAAAAAUUUAAGGCUGCUUUGAGAAUCAGUCGUCUAAAGGAAGAGUUUGAUAGAAUGAAUGCAUACACUGGUAAAGGUACACAAAGUAGAUCUGAAGGUAUUGUGUACAGAAUAAAGCAAUUUACCAACAAAGAAGAUUUCUUAUAUGGUUUGAAUAAAUUAAGCUGGAGAGAGAAAUUUCCAAUAAAAUAUCAGAAUAAUAACAUUGUGAUAAAUAAUAGAAUAUUCAUAGAUCCUGUUCAGUUCACAGGACAUUUACUGACAAUUGGCACAUUCGCAUUUAAUUUAAUAAAUUCAGAUUCGUCCAAAGAAAGGAUUGAUGUGAUGUCUAAGCUGGAACGUUUACUUAGACAAUUAUUAAAAGAUUUUUACGUAGAAUCGAACAAAGAACAGAUACUUGAUAUUAAUUAUUUCAAUGAUAUUUUGCAAGAAAUGAAAUACUUGGAUAACGCGAUGGAUGGACUGACUAAGUGUUUUAAAAUUGCUAUGGUUAUUGUAGAACAUUGCAAUGAUCCCAAACAGUUUUUAUGCGAAGCUAUUUAUUUCUCCUGGACGUAUUGCAAAGCAAAUUUAAAAGAAUAUUUUAUAAAUCUUAGCUCCACCCCGAGAAAUGAGAUAUUCCAUGCAUUAACGAAGAUUAUUACAUCUUUGUACGAAUGUAUCGAGGCGAUAGAGAAUGAAUUAUUCUCUGCCUUUUACACGUACAUGACGAAUAUAAAACUAGCUAUUGAUGAUCAGUAUUGCUCAUCGCUGUAGUGCUGCCUUUAGUAAAAUAUCUUAUUCCUGUUUCAUUAUUUAGAAUAACGGAAUAUUCAAUUAUUACUUUAUAUUGCUUUAUUGAUGAUAUUAUUUUAAGUUAGAGAGAAGAAUCUGAUUGAUAGAGUUAGUUAUCAUUUAUUAUAUUGUUAAUAUUUGUACGUUUAUAAGAACUCGAUGUAACAACUUGAAAGUAGAUAAAUAAACGAGAAGGACGAGAUGGAAAUCUUACUUCUUCCACAGAA